AUGAGGCCAAUCUCUGCUUCUACCCACCGCUCGGGCGGUGUCCUGCCAGUCUACUCUUUCGACCCCAAAACCGUCAAGAGCUGCAUCGACUGGUGGAACAAUGGCGAUGAAACCACUUCCUGCAAACACGUCAGGGACAUGUUCGGCAUCACCCCAGAAGACGUCGACUGCGAGCCCUGGCGUUUCCCCUUGUCCUACUGUGUGUCCACCAGUGACCGCAAUCCCCCUCCAGGCGCCAGCACCACAACCACUCGGGCCUCUUCCACCACCAGCAGCAGCACCAGCUCACAUGUGCCUUCGCCCUCCUUCUGGACGGCCCGGGGCUGCUACCCGGACGAUGAUCCCAAUUUUCCCGUCCUAGAGCACAUAGUGAGCAACAAGGGAGGCGACUCGGCCCUGGACAUUGCCGGCUGCGAAAACUCGUGCUGGAAGGCGUCCGUCAACAACACUGUCCUCUACGCCGGUGUCAAGGCGGUUAACCAAUGCUGGUGCAGCAGCUUCAUCGGCGGAGAGUCGGCGAGCGAUCAGGGCAAGUGCAACAGGCCGUGCAGCGGCAAUAAGAACCAGAUCUGCGGUGGCGAUAAAUAUAUCAAUGUUUUCGAGCCUGUUACUACUAAGGCUACCUCCAGCGCUAGUAGUGCCACAACCUCCUUCUCCAAGACCACUACUCGGACUUCUUCGUCCGCCACGGGCACUGUAACUAACUCCGGGGCGAAUCGCCUCCCCAUAUCCGCAGCUUCUAAGACGUGCAGUUAUCGGAUUCGUCACAAGUUCAAAAUUUCUAAUUGA